UCGGUAGCAGUGGAGCCAGAAGUCCCACCGGUGCCCUUGCCUACGGCCUCCUCCCUGCCUCGGAAGCUGCUGCCCUGGGAGGAGGGCCCGGGCCCGCCACCACCACCCUUGCCGGGGCCCCUCUCCCAGCCUCAGGCCUCUGCCUUGGCCACCGUCAAAGCCAGCAUCAUCAGCGAACUCAGCUCCAAGCUCCAGCAGUUCGGGGGUUCCUCAGCAGCUGGAGGGGCCCUGCCUUGGGCCCGGGGGGGCAGCGGGGGCAGCGGGGACAGCCACCACGGCGGAGCCAGCUACAUCCCCGAGAGGACCUCCUCCCUGCAGCGGCAGAGGCAGUAUAGAGUAGUGGUUAAGAGCUCAGAGUUUGGUGCCAUAUAAACGGGCUCUGGCCACUUCCUGGUUGUGUGUCUUUAGGCAAGUUCCUAAACC